GCGCGACAGCGGCACCGCCAUGGCGAAGCAGGCGGCCGUCCACCGCGCGGGCUCCUUGAAGCAGCAGAACAAGCCGCACAAGGCCGGGAAGCACCGCGUGAGCAGCGCCCGAAGGCAGGGAGGUCGGGUCUCGGUCAAGACCCUCACUCGUCAGGUAAACCGCAACUGGUCGAAACAGGACCGCAGACACCGGGCUUGGCAGCUCCGCCGGCAACACCAGGAGGCUGUGUUGGAAGAAAAGCGGAAUUUGGGGCGCAAGGAUGGGCCACCGCACCUGAUGGUCCUGGUGCCGCUGCAUGCCCAGAUCGAUCCCCAGGCGGCCUUGAACCUUUUCCGGAGUAACCAGGAUUCGGUUGUCUUCCCAGCAAAGGGAGGCCCGCCUGGUUUUGCCCUGCUGUGUCCCCGGUCCAAGCUGCGCUGGCGUUUUGUAGUAGCUGAUGCAGGAAGCCUUCAUGCAGUGCUGGAUCUUGCCAAAGUAGCCGAUACUCUCCUUUUCCUGCUGGAUGCUGCAGAUGGUUGGGAUGCUGUUGGCGAUCACUGCCUCUCCUGCAUCUUUGCACAGGGUCUCCCCAGCUAUGGCCUUGCUGUUCAGGGUCUGGCUGAACAGCCGCCAAAGAAGCAAACCGAUUACCGGAAAAAGCUCAGUAAGGUUACCGAGAAGCGGUUUCCUGGAGCCAAGCUUUUUUCUCUCAACACGGAGCAGGAAUCUGCGCUGCUGUUGCAGCACCUGGCCAGCCAGAAACAGCAGCACUUGGCAUUCCGAGACCGGCGGGCUCACCUGCUGGCUGAUGCUGCCGAAUUUGUGCCCAACUCUGACAGUGCCACAGUGGGGACCUUAAAGGUGUCUGGCUAUGUGAGGGGAAGAAGCUUGAACGUCAACUCCCUGGUGCACGUUGUUGGGCAUGGAGACUUCCAGAUGAAUCAAAUGGAUGCUCCCCCAGACCUCUUUGCCCUGAACCCGAAGUGUCCAGGAGGACAGCUGGCAAGUAGGAAGAAACAGGGUGACCUUAGCAGCAGCACUGCUGCCGAGAUGGAGGAAGAGGUGAAGGUGCUGAGCAAGGCUGAUCCUGCCAAGCAGGAGUCUCUGCAGGCAGAAGUGGUUCCGGAUCCAAUGGAAGGAGAGCAGACUUGGCCCUCUGAGGAGGAGCUGAGGGAGGCCGAGGAAUCUCUUAAGCAGAGCAAGAAAGUGGCCAAGAGGGUCCCCAAAGGCACAUCUGCCUAUCAGGCUGCCUGGAUCCUGGACAAGGCCGAAUGGAGAAAUGGCAGUGAGGAGGAGGACGAGGAUGACGAGGAGGAAGAGAUGAUGGAAGAAGCCAGGUCCCAGGAGGGGAGCAGCAGUGAGGAGGAAAUUGCUUCUGAGGAGGAGGAGGAGGACUGCGAAACCAUGACGCUGCCUGAGACGGAGCAGGCUGAGGAGAAAAUGGAGGAGGAAGAAGAAAUGCUGGAGAAAUACCGACAGGAGCGACAAGAAGAAAUGUUCCCAGAUGAGAUGGACACCCCCCGGGAUGUGCCAGCCCGAGUCCGGUUCCAGAAGUUCAGGGGACUAAAGAGCUUCCGAACAUCCCCCUGGGAUCCCAAGGAGAACCUCCCCAGGGACUAUGCCCGGAUCUUCCAGUUCCAGGACUUUUCCCGGACAAGGAAACACACCUUCCGGCAAUUGGAAAAAGAGGAAACGGAUGGAGCUCAGGUCGGCUGGUAUGUUACAGUCCAUCUUUCCAAUGUCCCGGUUUCUGUUAUGGAGAGUUUCCAGCAGAAGCAGGAGCCUCUGGUGCUUUUCACCUUACUUCCCUAUGAGCAGAAGAUGUCUGUGCUGAACCUUCUGGUGAGACGCCAUCCAGGAUACAGUGAGCCAGUGAAGUCCAAAGAGGACGUGAUCGUCCAUUGUGGAUUCCGCCGCUUCCGGGCCUCCCCUCUCUACUCUCAGCACACCUCAGCUGAUAAACACAAGCUGGAGAAGUUUUUCCAUGCUGACACUGCUGUGGUGGCCACGAUCUAUGCUCCCAUCACUUUUCCGCCUGCUUCGGUGCUGCUGUUCAAGCAGGAGAGCGACGGAGCGCAGAAUCUCUUGGCUACGGGCUCCCUGCUCAGUGUCGAUCCCAACCGGCUAGUCGUUAAACGGGUGGUACUCAGUGGCCACCCGUUCAAGAUUUUCAGCAAACUGGCCGUGGUGCGCUACAUGUUCUUCAACAGAGAGGAUGUCCUGUGGUUCAAACCGGUAGAGCUCCGGACCAAGUGGGGCCGCCGCGGCCACAUCAAGGAGCCUCUGGGAACCCAUGGCCACAUGAAGUGCCAGUUUGACGGGCAGCUGAGGUCCCAGGACACGGUGCUGAUGACCUUGUACAAGCGGGUCUUUCCCAGGUGGACCUUCGAUCCCUACGUGCCGGAGCCCACAAGGUGGAGGGACGGCAUCCCGCCUGGCCUAGAAGGAGAGGAGGAAAUGGACUAACUGCUCUAGCUAAGCAACUAUUUAUGCACGGAAAAAAUAUACCAAAAUAAACUUCUGGGGUACUUAGUAUUUCUUUUGAUGUCCAACAUCUGGAGAAAUCUGGUAUCUAUGAAGCA